GAUCGUAAAAGUAAACAAACAAACAGAGGAGCGUUUGUUCAGUCGCUGUGUGCAAUGCUGUAGUAGAAAAGACACGUAAAAUAUUCCGAAGAAGGGAAAAAAAAAUUCCGAUAGAAUCACCGAUAAAUACACAUCAGAGAUUUUCGCGUGUUAAGCGAGUAAGUGAAAAAUCUCAAUUCCUUUCCCUAGGCGGAAUAGAAUCCGAUUUGGUUCGUUUGGUUCGAUUUCCGAGACCAAGAUCUCUUAGUGGUGCCGGAAGCAGCCGGUGAUGAACGGUACUGUGGGAAAUGAACGAUUUGAGUUCUUCCCUUGAACAGCAGUCGUCGGAAUCGCAACCAUUGGAAGAAGUGAAUUCAGCAGCACAAGCGGAACCGGAAGCUGUGAUACCGGAGGAAACCGUUACAUAUCUUCAGUUUAUCUACAAUCAGGCGUUAGUCUACCUACGCGAAACCCUGGAUCACAUCGUGCUGUUGAUUUUUGUCUACACCUUGCUAUGCCUGGUUCUGUACAAGCUGCUCUUCCACCGGUUUGGCCGCUGGUUGAAAGUGGUCCGGAAGAGUCGCCUUCCGGCCAAUUCCGCCAGGGCCCUGCUGGUGACCGCCCACCCCGAUGACGAGUCCAUGUUCUUUGGACCCACAAUCCUGGAGCUACGGCGCCGGAAUUGUCGGGUCUUUAUUCUAUGCCUGUCCGAAGGAAACUUCAACCAACAGGGCGAUGUCCGGCGUCAGGAACUGUGGGAUGCCUGCGAAUCGUUGGGUAUCAAGCCGGAAGAUAUCACCCUCCUGAAUGCGACCCACCUGAGGGACGAUCCGGCACUGGAAUGGAAGACGGUCACCAUUGCCAAUCAGAUUCUGAAACAUUUGGAAGCGCUGGGCGCGGAUCUGUUGAUCACGUUCGACAAGAGCGGUGUUAGCGGGCAUCCGAAUCACUGUGCCAUUUAUCAUGCGACGGCGUCGCUUUGCCUGGCGGGACUGGUCCCGAACAAAUGCAAAGUUCUUACACUGGAAUCGGUGAAUGUGUGUCGAAAGUACAUCUCUAUUCUGGAUUUGCCCAUCACGUUGCUGCUGUCGACUAAUUGGUCCGUGCUCAGCUGGCAAUCGCGGUUAGCCGUUCAGAACGCGAUGCGUCUUCACCGCUCGCAGAUGGUUUGGUUCCGGAAGCUUUACCUCAAGUUUUCCCGUUAUAUGAUCAUCAACUCGCUCCGGGAAAUCAACCAGUCGGACGUGGAGUUCGAAAUUUUGGAUUCCUAAUCUACACCACACAACGAAAAAAAAACGUCAUCAUUAGCGUACAAGGCCAUGUCUAGCAAAUAUUCCGAGAAGAAGGUAGGUGAGAAUGUUUCUUCUUAACGUUCGACUUGCUCGAUUUUGAAGGGACGAGAGAUACGAGGAGAUGCAACGUACAUUGUCUACCGAAUUUAAGCUUUACUGCUGAACAAGUGCAAAGUUCGUUUUACCACAUUGUUAAGGGAUGUGUUGCACGAGUCGAACAUUUUGGUUAGAAGAAUUAGUUCGAUAACGAUUACAAAACUCUGCUCGACACGUUAGAAUAUUGUACCACAUGAAAGAUGGCGAACGACGACAAACGCGAGAUGCUUAACUGCUAGUCUUUUUUGAUAGUAACCACGAAGGAGGGGGAACACGCGAAGAAGAAAAUGAUAAUUUUUAUAACACUUAACGUAGACGUGCUAGAGAUACCUAUGUAUUUAUUGCAACUUAAAACACUAUUUAAGUACAUCGAGGGCGCCUGCUCGAGGGCCGAGUCGGACAAGAUUCAGUCACACUUUUGAGAAGGAAGCAAUAUUGUUUUUUUUCUCUUCUAUACAGUACGACAAAGAGUAUAGGAGGAUCGAUCUUAUUAGUAUUUUUAUGUAAAUAUAUCUAACAGCAGCGAACGAUACACCAUAUGUUAAAAUUUGUCAUUCUUUGAAAUAAACUUUCAUCAUAAAA